GGGGGGCGGGGCUCGGCCAGGGAGUCUACGGCGCCUGCGCAGGACGGGAGCCGUCCAGGAACAUGGCGACUUGCGCCGAGAUCCUGCGGAGCGAGUUUCCCGAGAUUGACGGGCAGGUCUUCGACUACGUGACGGGCGUCUUGCACAGCGGCAGCGCCGACUUCGAGUCUGUGGAUGACCUGGUGGAAGCCGUGGGGGAGCUGUUGCAGGAGGUGUCCGGGGACAGCAAGGAUGACGCGGGCAUCAGGGCGGUGUGCCAACGCAUGUACAACACUCUGCGCCUGGCCGAGCCACAGAGCCAGGGAAACAGCCAAGUCCUCUUGGACGCGCCCAUCCAGCUAUCUAAGAUAACAGAGAACUACGACUGUGACACUAAGCUUCCAGGACUGCUAAAGCGUGAACAGUCCUCGACCGUGAAUGCAAAGAAACUUGAGAAGGCUGAGGCGCGACUGAAGGCAAAGCAAGAGAAGCGCUCGGAGAAGGACACUCUCAAGACCAGCAACGCCCCAGUCUUGGAAGAGGCAUCGGCCAGCCAAGCAGGCAGCAGGAAAGAGAGUCGCUUGGAAUCAUCUGGCAAAAACAAAUCGUAUGACGUGCGGAUUGAGAACUUUGAUGUGUCUUUUGGUGAUAGGGUCUUGCUGACUGGAGCAGAUGUGAACCUGGCGUGGGGGCGUCGCUAUGGGCUAGUGGGUCGCAAUGGACUAGGCAAAACGACACUGCUGAAGAUGCUGGCCACAAGGAGCCUGCGGGUUCCAGCCCACAUUUCCCUGCUCUACGUGGAACAGGAGGUGGCUGGGGAUGAUACCCCCGCCCUGCAGAGCGUGCUGCAGAGCGACACUGUACGUGAAGGUCUCCUGCAGCAGGAGCGUGAGCUCAGCGCCCAGAUUGCGGCUGGCAGGGCUGAAGGUUCAGGAGCAACACAGCUGGCAGAAAUCUAUGCCAAGUUGGAGGAAAUUGAGGCCGACAAGGCUCCUGCUAGGGCUUCAGUCAUUCUGGCGGGGCUGGGCUUCACCCCUUCGAUGCAGCAGCAGCCCACCCGGGAGUUCUCUGGUGGCUGGAGGAUGAGAUUGGCCCUGGCCCGGGCCUUGUUUGCCAGGCCGGAUCUUCUGCUGUUGGAUGAACCCACGAACAUGCUAGAUGUCAGGGCUAUCCUAUGGCUGGAGAAUUACUUGCAGACAUGGCCCUCCACAAUCCUCGUCGUCUCCCAUGAUCGCAACUUCCUCAAUGCUGUCGCCACUGACAUCAUUCAUCUGCACAGUCAGCGGCUCGACGGGUACAGGGGCGACUUUGAGACUUUCAUCAAGAGCAAGCAGGAGCGUCUCCUCAACCAGCAGCGUGAAUAUGAAGCGCAGCAGCAGUACCGCCAGCACAUCCAGGUUUUCAUUGACCGGUUCCGCUACAAUGCCAACAGGGCCUCUCAAGUGCAGAGCAAGAUCAAGAUGCUGGAGAAGCUACCUGAGCUGAAACCGGUGGACAAGGAGAUUGAGGUAGUGAUGAAGUUCCCUGAUGGCUUUGAGAAGUUCUCUCCACCAAUCCUGCAGCUGGAUGAAGUGGAUUUCUACUAUGACCCGAAGCACGUCAUCUUUAGCCGUCUCUCUGUCUCUGCCGAUCUCGAGUCCCGCAUCUGUGUGGUGGGGGAGAAUGGAGCUGGGAAAUCAACCAUGCUAAAGCUGCUUAUGGGGGACCUGACCCCUGUUCGGGGCAUCAGGCAUGCUCACAGGAACCUGAAAAUCGGCUAUUUCAGCCAGCACCACGUGGAACAGCUGGACCUGAAUGUCAGCGCUGUGGAACUGCUGGCACGCAAGUUUCCUGGACGGCCUGAGGAGGAGUAUCGGCACCAGCUUGGUCGCUAUGGCAUCUCGGGAGAGCUAGCCAUGCGCCCUGUAGUCAGCCUGUCUGGGGGACAGAAGAGCCGGGUCGCCUUCGCGCAAAUGACCAUGCCCUGCCCUAAUUUCUACAUUUUGGAUGAACCCACAAAUCACCUGGAUAUGGAAACGAUUGAGGCUCUGGGCCGGGCACUCAACAACUUUAGGGGUGGAGUGAUCUUGGUGUCCCACGACGAGCGCUUCAUCCGGCUGGUGUGCCAGGAGUUGUGGGUGUGUGAAGGUGGUGGUGUGACCCGGGUCGAGGGGGGCUUCGACCAGUAUCGUGCCCUUCUCCAGGAACAGUUCCGCCGGGAGGGCUUCCUCUAGGAGCCCCGAGGCACCAGGACUGCCUGGGUUGUGGACUGUUCAUCUAGACCCUUGGGCCACUGCUCCAACCACCAUUUCCAGGCAAGAGACUUGCCACAGUUUUGGGGACAGCCUUACUUCCAAAUCUCCUCCUGACUGGAGCGGCUCACACACGGCUCAGCCAGUGGCAUCUCCUUGUCAGGGAGGACCCACCGGUCUUCCAAGGGGAAAGGGCCCAGGGUGUCUGCUAGUAACUGGGUCCCUGUGGCUGCUGUGUCAAUUAAACCACCCACCCCCUGGCAUCUUCCUGGCCUGGUCUCUGUGGCUCCAAAGCCCUGCUGCAGUGUGGUCCCAGCUCUCUCUGCUCCAGUUUGGUAUUUUCUGUGAUGCUUUGUAUGGAUCCUCCAGAGGAAGCCAUGGCGGCCUCAGCCUUGCCCCCUGGGAGGAGAGACUCUUCCAGCCACAGGGAUUUGGGGGAUCAACUGCCGGUCGGUCUUCAAUGUUUGCCAAACUCAUGACUCAGGGGAGUAUGUUCCAGCACUAAUGGGGGUCCUGACCUGACUCCAUUUCAGCCUCAGCUGAAGAAAGGGGCCUUGGGGACGUGAACUGAGUCUGUAAUCGGCCUCAAUCUGGUUGGCAACAGCUCUACAUGCUCUUGGGCUUGGCCUGCCUGUGUGUCUUCGCUGGACCUGUGAUGUGGAAGAGAAGCCGAGAAACUGUCUUUGUCACCAUUUGGCCUGAGUAGUUUGCUGUGUUUUGUUUUCCUUCCAAACCCAUAGGGACACUCGGGAAGUGGGCAGAUGAGAAUGGCAAAGAUCCAUGGACAGAUCCAGGACACUUUGCCAAAAUGAAGCUGAAUUUCAAGUGGGGGGGGGUAUUUAAUAGUGCUUAUGGUGCCAGAGAGAGGACAGCAAAUAUGCUUGCCUUGCACGUGACUGACCUGGAUUCAAUCCCCAGCACCCCAUACAGUCCUUUGAGCCUGCUGGGGUGAGCUCUGAGCACUACCAGGUGUGACACC